GGCUAAUGUUAUUUGGUACCUUGAUAAUAAUUCGUUGAUUUGGUUUUUAUCUUCCCUGUAAAAUUUAACUUCCCGGAAUAAUACUUAUUGUUUUGUUGUGAACUAAAUUAACUUCAUACUGUUUGACAAGGAGGUAUACAUCUGCAAGCAAGCUUCAUUUUCUGGCGAACAUGGCGUCAAAGUCUACCGUCAAGUCCCUUCUUGAGUGUACGAUUUGCAAGGAUAGAAUACGACGGCCAAGAGCAUUACCAUGUAUUCAUACGUUUUGCCAAAAUUGCCUCCAAGCAGUUAUAAACAGCAUAGCAUAGGCAAGAUAUCAGAGCCGGUUUUGAAUGCCCUUUGUGCCGGCGCUUAACCCUCCCACCUACAGAGGAGAGACAAUUACCUGACCAUCAAACAUGGGCUGCAUUGUUUCCUACAAACCCAACAAUAGUAAUUUUGAAUGAAAGUACGGAAAAUAAUGAGUCAACGGUCCAGGAUGGGGAAGGGGAUUCACAUUUUGGUUAUAUUUCUAACAAUAACAGCACCUUCAUGUCCGGUCACAGUCCUAAUGAUAAUAGUGAAAGCGAUGAUAACGAUGAUAAUUCUAAUGUUAAUAGUGCUGAUGAUUAUCAUCAUGUUGAUGGUGAAGCUAUAGCUGCUGCUUCUUUUUCUGGUGCUGCUAAUGUUGAUCCCAUGUCUGAGCUACAACAGCCAAUCAUCCUUACUGGAAUUCAACAGCACCAACAGUCCGUUAGCUUUACUCAAAGGGCUCAACGCAUUCAAUUACCUAGUCACGCAACACAACAGCCACGACAUCCAAUAAGACUUAGCCAAGUUCCUCAGCCAUUUCAGUUAUGUACUUGCUCAAACCUGCAGCAUCCGCAUUCGGCAAGCGUCCAUCAGGUACACAGACAACUACAUCCACCAAGCGUUAACCAAAGUCCCGAUCAACCGUAUAUAGCAAGUGUCAACCAAGAGCCUCGGCAUCCGCAUCCGGCAGGCAUCAACCAAGGACCACAGCAACCGUAUUUGGCAAGUGUUUACCAAGGACCUCUGAAUCCGCAUCCGGCAAGCAUCAACCAAGGAACGCAGCAACCAAGUCAAGCAAGCAUUAUCAUACGACCACAGGCAAGGGUCGGCCAUGAUUAUUUGCAACCACAUCCUGCAAACGAAUUCCAAGAACGUCACCAACCUUAUCCGGUAAACAUAAGUCAUAUACCCUACCAAACGCAUGUUUCCAGUGUCAACCAAGGUCAUCAGCAACUGCAUUUGUCAAACAUCAACCAAGGACAUCAACAAUCGAAUUUUCAAGGACCACAGUUACCGCAUACAGCAGGAGUCAACCAAAUACGCCAUCAACCGUAUCCAACAAGCCUCAACCAAGGACCUCGGCAUCUACCUCCAGCAAGAGUCUGCCAAGGAAAUCAGCAACCACAUAUAGAAACAUUCAUCCAAAGACCACAGCAACCGUGUAUGACAUGCACCAACCAAGGACCACGUCAACCGUUUAUUGAAAACGUCAACCACGAACCACAUCAAUCGUAUAUGGCAAGCGUCAAUCAAGGACCUAGGCAACCACAUAUGGCAAGCGUCAUUUCAGGUUUUCAGCAACCUCAUCUAGCAAGUGUCAACCAAAGAACACAGCAACCGUAUAUGGAAAGCGCCAUCCAAGGACCUCGGCGUCCGCAUAUAUUUAACGUCAACCAAGGACCACAGCAACCGUAUAUGGAAAGUGUAAACCAAGAAUUACAGCAACAGCGUCUAGCAAACGUUAACCAAGGGCCUCAGCAACCGUAUCAAGCAAACUUCAACCAAGGACCUCGACAACCGUUUAUGGCAAGCGUCAAUUCAAGGUUUCAGCAACCUCAUCUAGAAAGUGUCAACCAAAGACCACAGCAACCGUAUAUAACAAACGUCAACCAAGGACCUAGGCAACCACAUAUGGCAGGCGUCAUUCAAGGAUUUCAGCAACCGCAUCCAGCAAGUGUCAACCAAAGACCACAUCAACCGUUUAUGACAAACGUUAACCAAGAACUACAACAACCGUAUAUAGCAAGUCGCAACCCAGACCCACAACAACCUUAUACAGCAAACGUCAACCAAGGAUCACAGCAACAGUAUAUGGCAAGUCUCAACCAAGGACCUCAUCAACCGCACACAGCAAGCGUCAACCAAGGACAGCAUCAACGACAUCCAGCUAGCAUUAACCAAGGACCUCAGCAACCGCAUCCAGCAAGCAAUACCCUAGGAUAUCAGCAACUGCAUUCGUCAAGCACCACCGAAAGACCUCAACUGUCACGGCCACUUUAUGUUUUUAUGUUCAACCACACCAGCUGCGACCCGUAAUUUACAAUGGAGGAUUUUAGCCAUUUCAGAAAUACUAUUGUCAAAACAAACCUCUGCAAUGACAGACUUAAAUUACCUUGUCUUACCUCAGCAAUAGCACCCGACAAGCGUGGCUUGAUGUCAUUAACAACCACAGCAAUGAUAUUGCAAUAGCGUUGCUGCUAUCAUUUCGGCUACUCAGUGUAUUACUGCUGAUCACUAGUCGGAACUACACCCAUAACACGUUUCAAGUCCACAUGUCACAUAGCCUCAUUCAAAGGCCUAAUAUCAAUAAGAUACAUAAUUUUACUCGAAAUGACAAAUCCAAGGACCUCAGUUAUUCUGACUUCCAUAACUUUCAUAGCCAUUCCUUUGCACAGCUCAUAUUUCGUCCUCGAAGAUCAACAGCACAAUAAUGAAAGUCAUGAAAUGAACGAUAUGUUUCCUAGGAUUGCAAAACUCCAGACGCAUACAUCUUGGCUUAGAAUUUCGUUAUUGAAAGUGACAAUGAAAGUGAAAUGCCGUUUUGUAGACCAAACAAGCAAUACGAAUUAAGAUAUCAUAAUCAACAAAUCGUUAUUGCUUAAAAUGAACUUGACAUUCGUUAUCCAAUUUCACUUUUCAGCUAUCUUUAACAAAUUUAUUAUUUAUGUAUGAAAUUACAUGUCGUGUAUUUAUUGCUACUCAGUAAUUUGGAAAAUAUUAACAUUUAAGCAUCUUUUACAGAGAUAAACCACAUUUGUAUUGGCUGUGCCAUUUCACCAUUAAUACACAUCCAAAUUUGUAUUAAUAACUCUGUUCUCGCUGUUAUAUUUUAAUUUUAUUAGUUGAUUGGAUGAAUGAAAUAUUUCAAGUCUACAAUUAAGCACAGACAUCAAUAAUUGCCAAAACAAACGCAAAACAUGAGACACAGCGCUUCAAGGCAAGAAAAUUCACACAAGUUUGAAAAUAUCGUCAUUUGUAUAAACGGGUUACCGCCCUUUUUUAGACAAGAGCCGAAAGAAAUAUGAACAUUCCCCAUUAAGAUUAUUUUAACUAAUGUCCUGUAUUGUUACUGAAACAGGCCAAAGAAUGCCUUACCCCCCCCCCUUUCAAAUGAAGCAAGAUCUUUUAAGGGCAUAGUAGAAAAAAUAUACCGGUGUUGAGUGCAGACACAUUGCGUUUACAUAAAACAACUAGCAAAGACACCAUUAGGAGCAAAACGUCGAAGAAUGAAUUCACGUGAAAACGUUAAGAGUAAAAGACAUAGAUUAUAUUCUUUUCUACGUUUAAACAAAAAAUGUUUUAUGCCUCAACAAUGAAUACGGAUAUAUCAGUUACAUAUAACAACUAUAAUAUAAAAUAUAACAACUACACUUUAAACAAUUACAAUGCAGGUACGUAUUUAAAUGUGAAAUUAAAUGAAACAUUUUUAAAUCUUUCGCAUACUGAAGAUAUUCGAUUACCUUUAUCGCUUAUAUUUACAAUAAAUCCAAAAUAGUUCAGUGUUUUCACAGUUGAUUGAAAAGGCUAUCAUGUUCGUUAGUAUAUCGAUUUAAGUUUAUGUUUGCUCGG